AUGGUUAAUCGAAAUAUCCGACAACAACUUAUUGAUUUUUAUAAAGAUGAUCAAUCAAGUUCGAUUAUUUUCAAAUCAAAGUGUUCAAAUAAAUAUGGCGGUAUAAAAGGCACAGGACAGUCAUUCUUCCAGUUCAUUUUAUUAGAAUGUCCAUUAAUGUCUGAUGAUGAUAAUGAAGAAUAUGUUAUAAUUCGAACGGAAAAAGAAAAUCAACAAAAUUAUGAUGCUAAACAAGCAACGUAUACACGUGUGAAAGAAAAAACUUUGAUUCUACCAACGGCUGAUCAAAUAUUUCGUGUAACAUAUCGAUUGUAUACAGCUCAUUUUCCAAAAAUUCCAAAUGAGGUUAUGAUUCAAUUGUUGAAACGUCGUUAUUUGUUUAAUCAACGUGACGUUCAUAAAAUUUGUGACUUGUUAAAUCGUACCGGAUUGUUUCCACAUCGUAAAAGACAUCCGAAUGAUCCAGCACCACCAACAGAAUGUGAUUUUAUAACAAGUUUAAGAAAAUAUGAAGUUUUUGAUCAAGAAAAUCAGGAUCCAAAUGAAAAUAUUAUUGAUAAUGGCUCGGAUGAAGAUAUGGAUAAAAGUGCGGAUGAAAAAUUAUCAGAUGAUGGUGAGGAAUUAGAUGAUUCGAGCAGCAGCAGCAGUAGUAGUAAUAGUAAGAAAGAAGAUGAAGAUGAUAACACAACAACGGUCACGAAACAAACACCAACAGCUCCAUUACAACAAACAAUCACACUUGAAAAACAGCCGGCUGCAGCAGUUGUCACUAAUCCAGAUGUAUCUAAAAUUGUUGAUACUGUCUUAGUUCAACAACAAGCUGUCAUUGCUCCGUCUUCAUCUGAUUUGGCUCCUGUUGCUGCCGCUGCAAAUGUACCGCCACAACAGCAUUUACCAGUUGUCAGAAGACCACGGCAAAGACGUCUUCCAGAAGCGGAAGCUCUUAAAAACGUUUUUAGAUCAUGGAACAGAAACUAUUGA